AUGUCUUCCAACAACAACACCAAUACGACUACUACCACCACUUCCUUCUCAACAUCCUCAGAACCAUCAUCAUAUUCCUUUCUCUUCAAUGGUCCUGUCAUUCAAGCCAUUCAACUCUUAACACAACCACUCUCACCACUCCGAUAUUUGUUCAUCUUUAUCACCACAUCAUCAUCAACAACAACAAAUACCAAUGAUGACCAUGAUCAUCAUCACGACCAUUCUGUGAAUAUUUUAGAUCAAUUCAAUUCCAAUUCAGAGAUUGUUCAUUUUCUAAAACAACCUCAACAUAUUUGUAUUCAUAUUACAAAACCAAGUAUGGAUUAUACUAAUUUUGCAUCCAUUUAUAUUCGAGAGGAAGAAGAAUCCAAUUGUUCCAUCUAUGUCUUGAAUCGGAAUGGAGUGAAUAUUCACAAAGAUUUAAAUCCCAAUGUGAAUGAUUUUAUUCAAAAAUUGAAUGAAAGAUUAGAGAGAUCCGAGAGUGGUAAUAAUAGUACUAGUAAUAAUAAUAGUACUAGUAAUAGUGGUGGUGGUAAUAAUAGUAAUUAUGGCAAUACUACCACCACCUCAACAAUGACAACCAAUUCGUUCAAUCCUCCUUCUGUUACUCUCACUACGAAUAUUUCUACCACUAGUACAACAACAACAUUACAACCAUCCUCCUCCUCCUCCUCUUCAAUUCAAUUACCUCAAUAUCAAUAUGAUCUUAUUCAAGAAACUCCUGAAGAGAGAAAGAAGAAAAUUCAACAAGCGAUGGAAAAGGCAAGAAAAAGAUUAAAUUUGGAAAGUAGUUCUAAUAAUAACAAUAGUAGUAUUAGUAGCGGAGAAUCAUCCACUCCCUUAUCCACACCUUCACAAUCACCACCUUUUGUGAACCAGAAUUUUGAUUCUUCUCCUCAUGAGAUGGAAAGGAGAUCCAAUCAGAACAUUUCUACCAAUAACAACAACAAUAACAGUAGUAAUCUAACAACAACAACAACAACAACUUCAAAUACCUAUCAACGUGUGAAAACUGAAUUAUCACAACAAAAGAAAGAACAAUUAGAAUAUAAGAAAAAAUUGAAAGAACAAAUUAAGAGAGAUCGAGUAGAGUCUACUACUACUACUCGUUCUACCACAACGUCUUGUCCAUCAUCCACUAUUGAAUCAGUUUCACCUACUGAUUCAAUGAAUCUCCAAAAGAAUGAUCCAUCCAUCAAUGAAACUCAUGCAUCGAAUCGACCUACAACCAUUGCAUUCAAAUUACCAAAUGGACAAGUUAAAAAACAAGUUUUUCAAUCCACUCAAACGAUUAAGGAUUUACAUGAAUUUAAGAAUACUAACAUUGAGGGUGGAACAAGAAUGAUCAUGAGUAUCAUGUAUCCAAGAAUUGUAUUAUCAGAUCGAGAUCAUUCAAGGACAUUGGAAUCGAUGAAUUUAUGUCCCAAUGGUGUUAUUUUGUUGUCGAAUGACCUUUCACUGUCUGACUCAAACACUCAAAAUGGAUGUGAAUAUGAUCAUCAUUCAGCGAGUAUGAGUGGUGGUGGUGGUGGUGGACCUAUUGAUAUGAUUUCAGGUUUAUUCACAAAAUUAUUUAUUUUUGUAAUUUCUGCAAUUCAAUGGGUGAAUGGAUUACUCUUUCCAACACCAACCAGAAACACACCUCCUCCUUCAAAUUCAAACAAUAGCAACACAACCGAUUCAAAGAGAAACAAAUCUCUUAGAGACAAUGGUAAUAGCACACAAUUUGAGUACAGACAAGACGACGACGACGGUGAUGAUGAUAAGAGUAGUAGUAGUGAUGAGACCACCACCACCACCUUCAAGAAGAAGUAA